UUUAUAUUAAAUUAUGUUUACUCGCGGCAUCGGUAGAGGUGUGGGAAACGUUCGUGGAGGUGGUGAUACUAAUGUCGGAACUGGUUCAGGCUUUGUUGGAGGUGGAGAUUCCUCAAAUUGUCAAAAUAACAUGGGGUCUUUUGGCCGUGGUGGUCGUGGGAACUCAUCCUUUGGCGUGGGAACUCAUCCUGGACUUGGUGACCCUUCUGGUCAAGUUGGAGGAGAUUCUUUUGGCCGUGGUGGUCGUGGUAACUCAUCUUUUGACACUGGAAGUGCGCCUGCUCGCGGCAUUGGUCGAGGUUCGGGUAACGGUCGUGGUGGUGGUAAUUCUUCUGUUGGACCUGGUACGGGCUCUUCUGCUGGAGUUGGCGAUUUUUCAAAUAAUCAAAAUGGUAUGGAGUCUUCUAUUGGACACGGCCGUGGUGGGCGUGGGAACUCAUCUUUUGGCGUUGAAGGUGCUGACCCUUCUUUUGGUCAAGUUGGAGGAGGCCCUACUUUUGGCCGUGGUGGGCGUGGGCACCCAUCUAUCGCCGCUGGAGGUGCCAACCCUUCUUUUGGUCAAGUUGGAGGAGACUCUUCCUUUGGCCGUGGUCAUGGUAACUCAUCUUAUGACACUGGAGGUGUGCCUGCUCGUGGCAAUGGUCGAGGCAACGGUCGUGGAGGUGGUGAUACAGGCUUACUUGUUGGAGCGAGAGAUUCUUCAAAUGGUCAAAAUAACAUGGGGUCUUCUUCUGGCCGUGGUCGUGGGAACUCAUCUUUUGACACUGGAGGUCCUGACCCUUCUUUUGUUAGAGGUACAUUAAUUUAG